AUGAACAAUAACACAGAUUAUCAGACAGAAAGCUUAGAAGAAUUGAACGACCGAUAUGCAAGAGCAUUACUUCCGCUUACAAUAACGUUCGGCUUCUUUGCCGUUUUCGGAUUUUUCGGUAAUGUUAUAAUUCUACUCGUGUUCUCUUUGAGUCGGGAUUACAAGAGGAAUAAUUUCAAAGUGUUCGUUUUAACCCUAGCUGUGAUAGACAUGGUUAUAAGUGUAACUUUGAUACCCGCUGAGAUGGUGAAACAGAGGAAAUACUUCGAGUUUGGAGACGUGGUAACGUGCAAAGUGAAGUGCUUCUUUAACGUGUUUGGGGCAUCUUCCUCAUGUCUCGCCCUCUUGGUCAUCUCGAUAGAUAGGUUUAGAAAGGUGGUGCAGCCAUUUAAGAAACAAAUGACACCAGCCAUUGCAGUAAGAAUUUUGAUAGCGGUUGCUUGUGUUGUCCCUAUACUUUUAGCUAUACCCGGAACUAUUAUGUGUGGAAUAAAAACGACAAAUAUGACAAAUAUACAUGGAGGAAACACCACCAUACAUCUAUGUGAAACGGAGGAAAAGUACGAGAAAUCCAUAUGGAGGACAAUUUACAAAUUUACAUUCAUCAUUUUACUGGUCGGAAUUUCAGUGACGUAUAUAGUGUUGUAUACAUUUGUUAUGAAAGAAGCUGCGAAACAAAUGAAAGCGAUUUCUAUGCAACGCACAAAUUCAUCGCAUGAAACGGUGUUUACCACUGGAAUUUACAAUCAUAAUACAAUUGUUCACGAAACACCGGAGACCGAACGUAAACACAUAAGAAUUAAUGAAAGUUACAAUUCAGUACCCUUUCCAUUGAACAACGAUUCACUUUGAAAUCGUACACUCCAGAAUGGGGGCUCGAACCAUACGGGGAGCAUCGAACAGAUAUGCAGAAGAAAUGAUAGAUCACAGAAAACCAGACAUUUCCCAACAAAGACCAUUAUUUGGUUUAUAUUGACUAUUGUCUUUAUAGUUACGUAUGUUACGCAUAAUUUACUGACUCUGAAAGUUGGAAAGAUUGUCAACAUGUCACCAAGUGAGUUUACGCUGUUUUCGUUUUUCUUCCGUAUAUAUUUCUUAAAUCAUAUUAUUAAUCCAAUUGUCUAUGCUAUAUUUGUCAAACGAUUCAGAAGUUCCUUCAGAAAUGUGUUUCCUAUGAUGUUAUCGAAACUUGGGCAAUGUUGUGUGAAAUAA